GGGGUUGCAGAUGGCGUCGUACAGCGUAUGGCUGAUGCUUUCUCCAGCGCCGGCGAUGGUGUGCCGCGCGGCUAUGCAGGAGGCCUCCGCUCUUGCACUCUCGUCAACUUCAGCUCCUCCUUGCCCCUCGUUCACACCUCACAUCACACUCGUCGGAGACAUCGUGCCGGGGAAAGACCAGAGAACGCCGGAUGAGAUUGUAGCACAGCUCACUGAGACGAUCAAGCUGUCUGUGUCCUCGACCCUACCGGACGGCUGCAUUCUUCGACCAAGGCGUGCAGCUGCCAUGGACAAAGGAUGCGACACGUGGAACAUGUGCGUGAUGCUAUGGAUCGAUGCCGAGGAAUCAUUGAGCAAGCUGAGGGAGGAGAUCAUCGCGAGGACAGGCCUCCAAGUGGAAGCGAGGACGUUUCGCCCGCACAUCUCGUUGCUUUACGGAGUGCUCGACUUCGAUAAGAGGGAGGAGAUCGCUAGGGCUCUCAAUGAGAGGUUCUUCGACGAGAGCGAGGAUCUCAGCUUCAAGCUGCACAAGGUUGCUCUCGUGGAGUCUCCUGUGCCGGGAUACGACGGCAUCGGCGACUGGAAGGUUGUUUCUGAGAUAGACAUACAAUGAAAGGCGUCUUGACUUA